AUGGCCGAGUCGAAAGAAAAAGUUGUAGAAAGCACGGUUGAUAAUAGUAUAGUGGCCUUAGACUUGAUAGAAUAUUAUGAUUUCAUGACGGCAACAGCUUCUUGCAGCACCUGUCGUCUUCAUCUGGAUGAUUUAAAGACGAGAUCAGCAAAAUCUCGAAGCAGAAGUCCAUAUUCAUCAAGGCACUCAAGGUCUCGUAGCAGACACAGGUUGUCUAGAUCGAGAAGUCGUCAUUCAAGUAUUUCUCCUAGUACAUUGACUCUGAAGAGUAGCCUGGCUGCUGAGCUGAACAAAAACAAAAAAGCAAGAGCUGCUGAGGCAGCCAAGGCCAGUGCAAAAGCUUCUAAUACUUCAACACCUACUAAGGGAAGCACUGACACUGCUGCAAGUGCACCUCAAGUGAACAAUGUAAAGGACCUGAAGAAAAUAAAAACUGAGCAUACACCUUCUCCUACAAGCAGUGCAAAUUUGAAAAAUGACAAGGCAAAGGCAAAGGUCUCGCUUCCUGAAACAAAAGGGGAAAAUAAUUUAAUUGCAGACAAAAUUACUAAACAAAAACCUACAGCAGUAAAAGAGAAUAAAUUAACUGUUGUAAAACAGCCAACAGUCACUGUAAAAGAGAAAAGCAAACCGAGUACACCAAGCGUAGUAGCCAAGGAGAAGGAUCGAGUUGUUGCACUACCAACCUCCACACUGCCACCCUUGCCUUUGCCUCCCACGCUGCCUGAAGAUAAAGAAACCGAUAGUUUGCGAGAGAAUCUUUCAGUGAAGUCAGUUAAAGAAGCAGAGAAGAAACUUCGCCAUCUGCUUGCAGACUUGCCACUUCCACCUGAGUUGCCUGGAGGAGCUGACUUAUCCAAAAGUCCUGAAGAAAAGAAACCAGCAGUUCAGUUACACAGCAAGAGAAGACCAAAAAUAUGUGGACCACGACAUGGUGAAACAAAAGAAAAAGAAAUAGACUGGGGAAAGCGCUGUGUGGAUAAAUUUGAUAUCAUUGGUAUUAUUGGUGAAGGCACUUAUGGGCAAGUUUACAAAGCCAGAGAUAAAGACACGGGGGAAAUGGUGGCACUAAAAAAAGUACGUCUGGAUAAUGAAAAGGAAGGGUUUCCAAUUACAGCUAUUCGGGAGAUUAAGAUUCUUCGACAGCUUAAUCACCAAAGCAUUAUCAACAUGAAGGAAAUAGUGACAGAUAAGGAAGAUGCUUUGGACUUUAAGAAGGACAAAGGUGCAUUUUACCUGGUAUUUGAAUAUAUGGACCAUGACUUGAUGGGACUGCUGGAAUCUGGUUUGGUUCAUUUUAAUGAAAAUCAUAUUAAAUCUUUUAUGAGACAGCUGAUGGAGGGCUUGGCCUAUUGUCAUAAGAAGAACUUUUUGCACAGAGAUAUCAAAUGUUCAAAUAUUCUACUGAAUAAUAGAGGGCAGAUAAAGCUUGCAGAUUUUGGGCUUGCUCGGCUGUACAACUCUGAAGAAAGCCGACCAUAUACCAACAAAGUUAUUACAUUAUGGUAUCGGCCUCCUGAACUUCUGCUUGGAGAAGAAAGAUACACGCCAGCUAUCGAUGUCUGGAGCUGUGGCUGCAUCCUGGGUGAACUUUUUACAAAAAAGCCAAUAUUUCAAGCAAAUCAAGAACUUGCUCAGCUGGAACUUAUAAGCCGAAUUUGUGGGAGUCCUUGUCCAGCAGUGUGGCCUGAUGUUAUAAAAUUAGCUUAUUUCAACACAAUGAAACCAAAGAAGCAGUAUCGUCGAAAACUGAGAGAAGAGUUUGCUUUCAUCCCACCAGCUGCAUUAGAUUUAUUCGAUUAUAUGCUUGCUCUGGAUCCCAGCAAACGCUGCACAGCUGAACAAGCUCUUCAGUGUGAGUUUCUGCGAGAUGUGGAACCUUCUAAAAUGCCUCCUCCAGACCUUCCUUUGUGGCAGGAUUGUCAUGAGCUGUGGAGUAAGAAACGCAGAAGACAGAAGCAGAUGGGCAUGACUGAUGACUCAACAGCAACUAAAGUCCCAAGGAAGGAUCUGUCUCUAGGCAUGGAUGAGAGCAGAACCAACACCCCACAAGGCAUGCAAACUUCUUCCCAACUCAAAACUCAGGGCAACUCUAGUGUAGCACUUGCAAAAACAAGCACUGGACAGCAGUUAAACCAGAAUGAAGUGGCAAUCCUGCUAAACCUCCUACAGUCUAAAACAAGUGUUAGUUUGGCACAGUUUGCCCAAGUGUUGAAUAUUAAGGUAAACCCAGAGACUCAGCAGCAACUAAAUAAAAUAAAUCUUCCUGCUGGAAUUUUGUCAGCAGGUGAAAAACAGUCAGAACAGCAGCAGCAGCCGCCGCCGCCUCCGCCACCACCACCGGAACAGGAGCCUCUAAAACAGCCGCCCGUCACGCAGCCCCCUGUACCACCUGCUCAGCUGAGUCAGCCUAAAGUUGAGACUGAUGCUGCCCAGGCAGCUGUACAGAGUGCAUUUGCUGUUCUGUUGUCUCAGUUAAUAAAGGCUCAGCAAACAAAACAAAAAGAUUUUGUGUUGGAGGAGAAGGAAAACGGAUCAGGAAAUGAAAUGUCAUUACAACUCAGGCAGCCUCCGGAGCCCAGCACGCCUGUGUCUGUCAGCCGGGACGACGUGGAAUCUCCGGCACCGGGCUACCCACAUCUGAUCAAGUCAUUAUACACGUCUGCAGGUCAAGAGGAUUUGGUUAGGCAGUCUGAGAUGAGGCUUCUAAACCGAACACCUGAGCCAGAACGCCCUCGGAUCUUGCCUCCAGACCAGCGUCCCCCAGAGCCACCGGAACCUCCGCCUCUCACUGAUGAAGACCUUGAUUAUCGGACAGAGAACCAGCAUUUGCCUAUAACUAACUCUUCAGGAACAGAUCCUCACGCGGGGGUGAAAGCAGCUCUUCUGCAGCUGCUCGCUCAGCACCAAGCUCAGGCGACAACGGAGGAGCCAGUCCAACCGAGUGUGGAUUACCAGGCUAGGGACUCCUACGUACCGGGCCCAGACUACAAGGAUAACUUUGGAUCAUCUUCCUUCUCGUCUGCCCAUUAUGGCAGUAGCGACGGAAUAGGAAGCGGAUCGUCGGGAGCGUUGGAAAGGAGGAGCUUCCUUGGGAACUCGGAUAUUCAGUCUUUGGAUAACUACAGUACUGCUUCAUCUCACUCUGGUGCUGCCCCUCCUCCGUCGGCCUUUUCAGAAUCCUUUCCCAGCUCAGUAACUGGUUAUGGAGACAUUUACCUCAACCCUGGCCCCAUGCUAUUUAGUGGAGAUAAAGACCAUAGGUUCGAAUACAGCCACGGCCCGAUCCCGGUUCUGGGGAGCAGCAGUGACGCUUCCGCAGGGCCCGAGAACACGCACUCUUUGCCCACAAAGAUGCACAACUAUAGCUAUGGAAGUAACUUACAGGAAAAUCCCAGUGGCAUCAGCCACCUGCAUGGACAGACUUGGACUUCUCCUGCCCAAGGACCUGGCUAUUCCCAAGGAUACAGGGGACACAUUAGCACAUCUGCAGUGAGAGGGCGAGGCAGAGGAUUACCAUAUUGAGUAUCUGUUUUUCCUCAGGCACAUCAUUUUUAUCUGGAAAAACUUUUUUUUUUCUCCUAGCUGCAGUUUAAAGCAGCAAUUCAACAGACUUGAAUAAUGUUAAUUCAACAGCUUUAUUUUUAUGUGGAAAAGGGUCUUGCAUACAGUAGGAAAAAUGAAAAAUGCUUAAAACUCAUGCUGUCUGAAAACUAGAUAAAUUAAUUGUACAUGUUCACAAACUCUAGUUCUGAAUUUUAUUUUGUAUUUUGGCAGUUUUAAGUGGAUGCUAAAUUUAGGGACAUCAGCUUUUUAUGGCACUCUUUCAGAUCUGCACUCUUUCAGAUCUGAACUAUGCACAUUUGUGCUUUUUUUGUAAGUUUGGACCAACUUUUAUGUAAAAAAAAAUUUUACAACAAUCAAAGCAGGGCACUGAUUUAUUUGGUAUUUUUCUUUUUACAGAACUACCUUUAGUCAAAGGUCACUGUCAGUCUUUGCACUGCUUUCAGUGUUAUUGUGGAAGGUGUACUUUGUGCUCAUUUCAGAUAAUAAAACACAACCUUUCUCUUGAUGCAAAAUUUUAUAAAUAUUUGGUCAAUGUUUUUUUUUUCUUUCAAGAAAAAAAAAAA